AUGUCGCCUCCCCUGUUGAAGACCGUCCGUACAUUAAAGGAUUCCACAUUUGAAGCUUGUGCCUGCGUCAGUGCACAUCUGAAGGCAUCUGCAUCUGCAACCACAGAGAACGGAGCCAAAGCUGACAGAAAUGACCUCAAAUCCUUGACCAUCGAGUUGAGACUUCUUGGAGGCACGCUCUAUAGUCUUGAGUCCCUGAUUGUUGAGUUGUCUGUAGACAAUGAUGCCGCCGACAGCACUCUGGGUAUCACCCCUAGCGCCUCAGGAUCCGAGAAUGACCCUUCUCAAGAAUGGCCAAUUGUCGAUGGGUAUGAGAUACUCCUUACUGCCAUAAAAUCCUUUCACCAUCUCGCCACUUCUGAUGGGAUCAAAGCCGCUAGAUCGUCACUCCAUGACAUCCGAUCCAAACUAGCGUUUGUGCUCGGAAUCUCAGACACCCUCGAGGACAUCUCACUUCGGCUCACUCUACUCGAAUCAGAACCAUUGCCCCAACUUCUGGUCCAGAAGGAAUAUGAUCCAGAGGCUAUCGAAUCACCUGUGCAGACCCCCUAUGACGAUGAGCAGGGUGAAGCAAGACCCGAAGAUGUUUCCGUUUGGCUAAAUAUCCUGAAUUCGCCUGAAAAUGAUCGCGAACCUGCAGAGUACAACAAAGAGAUGACAUUAGUCCAGUCACGCCGCAUCACAGAGCCAGCAUAUAGAAUAGCGGCUAUAAGGUGGCCAAAAUACGCAGAGAUCUACUGGCAAAAGCUUCGACCCCAAGUCUGCUCCCUCUUUCGUAUCCAAAAGUCGUACAACUUCGUACAGUGGGUUCUUGAAUAUGCCAGGGAGACAUACCCUCGAACAUUCGGCGCGAUGGCCCUUUCGCCAAGAUGUCUUCUCGAACUGACUGAUUCGCUCUGCAACGGAUCUGUCUUACCACUUCAUAUUGCUGCCGCCCUCGGGUUGCCUAAUCUUUGCAGAGACCUUCUCUCAAUGGGCGCCAACGUCAACCAGCCCGGUCUUCUCGGCACGCCACUCUUUUGCGCCCUUGUAGGCAGCAAGGUUCUUAUCACCCGCACGGAGCCAGUAUCGUGGCCGACUCUUCUCGUUGGGAACGAUUCUGAUGUCGACCAGGCGGCAACUAUCCUACUGCUUAUCGAAAAUGGCGCAGACUGCACGUUUCGGUAUUCUUGGAAAGAUGCCACUGAAGAGGUAUCACUAGCAGGUUUGGCCUUUUGGACUGCAAUGAAGACCAAACAUGAAGCAAUCUUUACAAACAUCGUCAAAGGAUUUGCAAAUGCUGCUCAAGGAUCCACUGACACCGCUAAAGGAGAUGCCCUCGACUCUUCUUUUUGUCUCCUUUUACAACGAGAACCUGUAGUCAAACGUGGUCUGCUUCACCGAACUCGAUUUGCGCGUUUGCUCACAUACGUCUAUGACUUGACAUUGGUCGACAUCGAAAAAGAGUCCACAGAGCACAAUUGGCUCCAAGAGCUGGUAGCUCGACUCAUGGUGCACGCCAACAUCAAGCUCUCCCCCUUGGGUGACGGAAAGGUGGACACAUUGAAAGACAGCAACUUUGCGGCUGCCGUUCGGAGUGCCGUUUUGGACUUCAAUGUGAUCUUGGUGGAUCGUCUGAUCAAAGACCCAAGAUUCUAUGCCAACUUCAAAUACGAUAAGGAAGAGACUCUUCUCCACAUGGCUGCUGAAUCUGCCCAGAAUGAGAUUCUGGAAAUGCUGAUUGAAGCCGGGGCUGAUAUUAGAGCUAAAGACUCAAGUGGUCGCACACCCCUCAUGCUCUGUAAUGAAGUUAGUCCCAUGGCUAAGCUGAUUCUCGAACAUGGUGCACCGACUUUUGAUACGGACAAUGGGGGCCGCAACAUUUGGCACUACUUCGCCGCCACUAACGAAGACGACAUACUCAAAUUCCUGUGGGACAACGAUCCUUACAAGAUCCGCAACUUGAACACCGUCGAUGAACAAGGGCAUACGCCACUGCUGUCAGCGUUUGCUCACGUCAGGGCUCUUCAGCAGUCUCCCAAGACCUCCACGUCCGCCGCACCGCUUGCAGCUCAUUUUCUGCUCGAGAAAAGCCAAGGGUACAUACGAGCUGAGGGCAAUGAGAGCCUGGCUCGAUGGGCUGUCGAAUGGGGCAAUAUCGGGCUGGUACGGCAGCUGUUCCGUCUCUUUCCCCAGGCUAAUAUGAAUGAUGAAUUACUCCUCAAGUCACUUAAUAUGUCGGCUUCACCGGAGAUGGUCUCAUUGGUACUUGAAAGGGCUGGACCCUCUCGGCCGUUCGCUGAUGGCACAACGGCAGCAGAGACAGUCAUCACAAACGUCAAGCUCUUGAAGGAAGGUCGAUUGACUAAUAGUCCAUCAUUGCAUCCGUCCUGUUUUCCUAACAUGACACGCAGCGCCUAUAUGCGGCUUCUUACCCCUGAAGUCAUAAAGUCGCGAGACUCAAAGGGGCGGGGGAUCUGGCUGCGGUUCACACAGGAUGUUUUCCCAUUGAUUAAUACUGAUUCGCUUCGAUGUCCCUCGUCCCUCUAUUUCCUAUCUUCUUUUAUGUGCAUGGCUAUAUCCUGCCUGGUCACAGUGGGCGCCCUCGCAGACUAUGAAAAGGAGAGCAAAAAAUGGGCCGUUAGCUGCAUAGCGACGAAGGGUGAGUUCUCCGUCAGCGAACCGAAAUGGGAUAAUUGGCAGGUCCCAUUCGUCGCCGCUAUCUUGACCACCUGGCUUUCCGAUCAGAAUCUGCAGGACGGCGAAUUCGGCAUCAUGGGCUUCUUCAACGAGGAAGAGGCGGCACAUCUGAUGUGGACAGCCGUCGACUUUGGUAUGCCAGAAGUCGUCGAGCUGCUGGCCCAAUGCGGCUGCGACGUACACAAGCCUCGGCGAUGCAUGCCCCUUGAAGGGAGAUCGGUUUUCGAGACCUUUCUGGCUCAUCAGCCUAUUGACAUCAGCAUGAUCCGGCCCCUUCUCCACAACACGAAGCCACAUCAGAUUAGGAAGCAGCAGCAGUAUACAUUCACAGAGCUCGUACGAGUAGCUGACGAAGCGGUCGCUGUGAAAAUUCUCGGUCAGCUAAUUGAUCGGGGAUUGGAUGUUGAUGGCUUGGAAAUUCCUGCUCCGUCACCAAUGAAAUCGCCCGCACCAUCCCCGUCAUUGCUUACGAUCGCGAUCUGCUCAAAGAAGAUCCUCCUAGGGCGAUUGCUGGUCGAACGAGGCGCAGAUGCCUCUUUGGCGCCGCCAAGUUCCAUCAGUGCCUAUCUUCUGGCCGCCAAGCUUGGAUAUGUGGUUAUCCUUGAAAUGAUCAUCGAGAAAGUCGGGUCGGCAGAGUUUCCUUGGCUAGCCGUUUACGAACAUAUGGAGGAUCGCGAUACUUACAACGCCUUGCAGUUUGCGGCAGCCGGGGGCCAUCGUGAUGCCCUCACAACACUCUUAGAAGCCACACCUCUGGCUGACAAGAUCGCUGCCACUAGUCCACGGUUUGGUAGAACAUGCGCCCACCUCGCUGCCAAGGCUGGUUCCUUGGAUUGUGUGAAAAUAUUAAUGAGAUACUCGAAACGUCUGUUCAGUGUGAAAGACCUGUCAGGAAGAACCCCUCUGUUCUUGGCAAUCGUUGGUGGCAAUCAAGAAUUGAUUCAGUAUAUGAAAGAUAAUUUGUUGGACUAUGAUAAUCCCCAGGAUAUGGGUAUCAUUUCACUGAACCCAGUCCUGGCCCAAAACAACGACAACGACGAUUCUGACAGUGACUCGCUACCAGAGUCAUCCCACGGUGAAGCAACCCACGAGCAGAAAAUUUCUGAACCAAGACAGAUAGGCGCCAUGGUAGCAGAUGCGAUAGAUCAUUAUCAACUCAGCCGAGACCCUUUGUUUAGGUCUAUCCUCGACCACACCUCAAAGAAGGACUUAGAGUCAGCCAUAAUGCCCUGUGGAGGCUGUACCCUUCUCAGUUACACGGCAGCAACCAACAAGAUCCGACCUAUGCUGGAACUAGUGGAUUUGGGGCUUGCGGGUUUUGUGGCUGGGUGUGAGGAACAUUGGCCGGAUGGCUUCAACGCACUUCUUUGCGCAUGCCAGAAUAUUCGAAUGCUGAUGACAACUGACUUGUUUAUCCCUUCAGAAAAAGCGCGCUCCUACUACAAACUGUGCUUAGAUGCUUACUUGGGGAUGGGGAUGUCAUGGUUCCAUCUUCCAAUGUCACCGAUCCAAGCUCUUUUCAACUCCUCCCGGAACAGUGGACAUGAUAUUGUUUACCAUCAGAAAAUCGUCCUUCAGAUAUUCAUCAGUCACCUAACUGAGCAUGCUCAGGCAUACUGGACGCUCAUAAGGACUAUUGGGGUUAAUGCUGGGUUCGAGUUUUCUGCAGAUGAGAGCAUUGAACAAAGAGUUCUACGUUACGCCCUAAACAUGAGGAACCAAGUUACUUCGGGUGAUACUGAAGCGACCCACAAUACGGUUCUGCAUGAUGUGAUACAUCUUUUCGCCGGAGAGGGCAGGAAUCGAUUGCAUGGUUUCACGACAUAUCACGAUGUGGCCAAACUCCUCAUCAAAAACGGAGCCGAUGUCAACGCGCAAAACUCAGAACUUGCAACUCCCCUACACCUGGCUGCCCACUAUGGUCAAAAGGAUAUGGUGCUUUCACUCUUGAGAGCGGGCGCCAACCCCAAUCUUUUGUCUGCCAACGGCUCGUCAGUUGUGGGACAAUCUGUUGCCCACGGCGACUUCCAAGUAACUCGUUGUCUAUUGAGCAAUGGCGCAAGUCCUGUGACAUUCUUCAACAUCACUUUCGAAACGGCUGACGCCGAUAUGGAUGCCCUUCGCCAGUUGAUUGAGCUUGGUGGGGAUCCCUACGAGGCAAGGCCAGGGACCGGAAGUACUCUCACGAGUGCGAUCUCUGGGGUUGCUGAGGGCAUGUCAUUUGUACUGAAUGGAAAUUUUGACUUUCACCGACUUGCAGAACAGGAACCGCUCUUAAUUAGCGAGAUUCUUGUCAACAGGAAGCUAUCGUCCAUGGAGCUCAAAGCGAUCAUCAAGCGCAUACCACGUGAGUAUCGUGCUCGGUUGGUGAACUUUGAACCGGAGGAGAAACACACCCCAUCAUUUUCCAUUAUCCUCGAUGACGAUCCGAAGCUCCUGCAGGUGUUGCUUGAUGUCGGUCUGGACAUUGAGCACGAGUGGCAUGGGAAAGGAACACCAUUAAUGUUUGCUGCUCGCAUCGGAGCCUUCAAAUGCUUCAAGCUCCUUGUCCGCCACGGCGCAAGGCUAGCAUACCUCACAACCGGAAGACGAGGCGAAGUCCUUGCAAGGUCUGUCACGGAAGCAGCAAAGCUCCAUCCCCGCCUGCUUCAAUGGGCUUUGGUCGAUCGUCACUACGAGACAAAAUGUCUCACGCAAGAAGCACACAAGGGACCUUUUAUCCCCAUCAAACCAUGGUCCGGUGGACGACAAAGUGCGAUAUAUAGACUUUCAGGCAGCGGUGAUGAGAUCCCCCAGCUUCCAUCAGAGUCUAUGAUGGACUCGCUCACCCGAUUCGCGAGGGUGAAGAGGGCUAUGAGAGGUAAGGCAUUGCCUGUCUCCCUUCGUAUACUUACGCGGGGAUUUGAGCCGUUCUAG